AAUCAAUAGCUAUCUUGAAUUCCUUGCUGCAAUAUAAAGGUAUCUUGUUUGGGAAUCGCUGCUACAAAAUGGCCUCAUCAAAGACACUGCCUUUGCUUCUUUUCAUUGCUUGUAUUUCCAUGGCCAUGGUUACCAACGGUCGAAAGACAAGAAAGGACCUUGAUCUUAACUUGGGUGGUGGCGGCGGUCUUGGCGUUGGUAUUGGUGUUGGCAUUGGUUUAGGUGGUGGCAGUGGUGGCUCCUCUGGAUCCGGGUCUGGCUCUGGUUCUGGCUCUGGCUCCGGGUCUGGCUCUGGAUCUGGCUCUGGCUCUGGAUCUGGUUCCGGCUCCGGAUCUGGUUCUGGCUCGGGUUCUGGAGCAGGUUCAUAUGCUGGUUCUGGGGCUGGAUCUUCUGCAGGGUCCGGCGGUUCGGGAGCUGGAUCGAGUGCCGGUUCUGGAGCUGGCUCUGGUGCUGGUGGUGGAUCGGGCGAGGGAUCUGGAUAUGGAGGAGGGCGUGGGAGGGGAAGUGGUUCAGGCUAUGGCCAAGGAUAUGGCGAAGGUUAUGGUGGAGGAAAUGGGAAGUAGAAACAUCAUUAGUUUAAAUUAAGAGCUUGAUUUGCAAUGCUUUGUAAAAGAAAAAAUAAUAAGAUAAUGAGUGAAUAUUACUGUACUGAGUUUUAGUUAUACCGUCUUGAAAGCAUUCAUUAUGAAUAAAUGAUCUUCUGAUCAGAUAUUGGUCAUUA